UAACCAGCGGCGGUCAUUCUAUUAGGUCAUCCCAGGUGGGGUUUGGGGCCGACUCAGAUCCACUUCAGUAUGGGCUCUCCACCUGUAUUAGCAACAUGUUUCUGGAACUUCUGGCUGGAUAGCCCUGGCAGCUGAAGCCAUUGAUGGAUAAAUAGAAGAAUAAGGAUAAAUUACUAAUGGUUACUGAAGUAUUCAGAUUUCCACUUAUUAAUGAAUAUUUAAGUGAUUAUUUUUAAUCCAUUGAUCUGUCCUGAUGGCUCUUACAGAAAGCGAACGAAAGCAAGAAAAGAAGGAAAAACCAUUGACAAAAGUAGUUAUUCGUCGACUACCUCCGACUAUAGAUAAAGACACUUUUUUAAAACAAGUCUCUCCCUUACCUGACUACAAUUACAUAUACACUGUAAAUGGAGACUUUUCUCUGGGAGAGUUUGCCUUCUCAAGAGUUUAUAUUAACUUUGUCAAUCACGAGGAUAUAUACGAUUUUAAGGAAAGGUUUGAUAACUAUGUGUUCCUAGACAAUAAGGGCAAUGAAUAUCCAUGUGUGGUGGAAUUCGCCCCUUUCCAAAAGAUCCCUAAAAAGCGAGGAAAGACAAGAAUUGAUCCAAAAUCAGGAAGCAUCGAGUCUGACCCAAUUUACACCGAAUUUGUUGAAUCUCUCCAAAAACCUGUAGAGCCUGUUGAAGAAAAACCAGAAUACACUCUUCAGUUGACUAAUGAAAAUAAAAAUGAUGUUACUACUCCCCUCUUAGAAUUCAUUAAAAAUAAAAAAGCCCAACGAAUGAGGAUCAGAGAAGUCAGAAGAGAAGAAAGGAAACGAAGAGAAUUUGACAAGAGAAAAGAUCGUUUCGUAGAAGAUCGUAAAAGAGUUAACGAUGAAAAGUCACCUGCAACAAAUCCCGAGAUUCGGCCCAAACCUAAGGUGGAUAAUUCAAAAGCAGAAGGGGAAAGUGAAACAAAGGUUGAAGAGAAGAGUGAAAAAGUUUACGAGAAGUCCUAUUAUAAAAGCAGAGAGAGAAAGUAUGAAGAACGGAGAUUUGAAGAUAGGCGCAAAGAUAUAAAACCUAGGUACCCUAAGAAGGAUUAUUAUGACAAUCGUGACUACAAAUAUGAUGACCACAAGGAGAAGGAAACCCGUUCUAAAACCGAUUACAGAAAAGAAGUAGAGACAAAAGUAUUUCCCAAGAAAGUGAAAAAGUAUAGUGAAAAAAGAGAAGAGAGAAAAAUAGAGGCUCAAAAGGCAGAACAAAAGAAGAUCAAUCAAGCAUUGAACGAGACUCAAGCAGACACUCAGAAACCCCCUCAAGCAGACACUCAGAAACCCCCUCAAGAAAAACCUGGUAUAAGUAACGAGAAAAAGGAGCCACCAAAGCCAAAAGUGGAAAAAGAUGUGAAGAAAGAAGAACCCGAUGUUCAGAGUCAGAAAAGGAUAAGAAAUAAAGAUAGGCCCACCAUUGCCAUAUAUCGACCGGGAAUGUUAUCAAAGAGGAGGCAAAACGAAACUGAAGGAAAUGAAAGUAAAGACAAUAAAAGUGAUGAAAAAUUAUGAAAUGUAUUUUUGACUAUUUGUUUUAUCCACUAUGAAUUUGAUUUAUUGUAUUAAAUGGAUAAUUGUGUUUGAAUAUGUAUUUAUGUAGAAUAUGAAUCUAUGUAAGCUAUAUUUUGAUCAUAUUGAAAAAAAUUGAUGGUACACA